UACAGCAGACAAACUGCUUUACGGUAGACAAAACGUGACUGUUGUUGUUGUGAGUUGGGAGCACGUUUAUGAAAACUGUCUACAAUAAACCCACAUAAAGAAGCCAAGAACUCGCCCUCGAUCAUUCCACAGGGUCCACUUCCGCCUUUGUUUUCACCAAGCAAGAUAUGCACUUUGCCAAAAAGUGUCGAUCGGAGUCAUCUGGCCCCCACGCCAUAGUCUCCAAUUUCUGCGGACUGCAGAUGGAUAGUAAAAGUCCUAAAAGUGAUGACUUCAGGGAAAAAUUGAGCAACACCACUGGGGAGACUGCAUAUUUUGCACCACUGGUGACAGAGAGAGAUAGGACCCGUCAUGUGUAUGUUCCCUCUAAAGUGAGACAAGUAAUGAAAAGAAAACCGGAAAGAACCCUGAAGAGCACUUCUGCAGGCGUGUAUUCGAACCCAUACUCAGCUUUGUACCAAGGAUCUGCUGGAGGCCAGCACAGCGCUCGUAUAAUUACAGGCGACCACGAUGACACAACAUGUUCGCACAAUAUUGACCCUCAUCCUUCUGGGCAUCCUGCAGCCGAACACAGCAAGGUCUCACACAUAAAACUAAAGGUGGGGACCAGUUGUAUUGAUUAUGACAGCAAAAAGGGAGGCCAAGUGCAGCUUGAUGAAAGCCAAACGCCGGCAUCAACAAACAAACAAGACGUCAAGCCGCCACAAAACCUCCCUCGCCCUCGUGUGUUGCCUGGGAUUGCACCUGUUCGGAGAGCUGCUGGCAGUCAACAAGGUGCAGCUGGCAGCCUUCUGGCCGUGCAACGUUCUUUUACACGGACAAAGGCCCAUCAGGACUUCAACAACUCCAUCACGUAUGAGUCACUCGACCUGAGGGACAAUGUGUUCACUGGCAAGAGACACAACUUCUUUGGAAUCAACUGUAAUUACAUACACGGAUGAACAAUUCUAGUCGCCGUCCACUUUGGCACUCCGUCAUUGCCGGAAAUACACUACAAAAACUAUAAUCAAGGCCCAAAAUACUUUUUUCUAGUGAUCUGCCCAUGGAUCAGCACCAAUCCGUAUCGGACGAGUUUUGUAAAAAAGUGUGCGAUCACAAUUACUGAUGAACGCCUUUGGAAGUUGGUAACAAUCGUCAAUCCUCUCUGGAAGCUUUUCUUUAUUUUUUAUUUUGUCUCGGGAAGUCAGAAUUUCCAAGUUCCAAGGUGGAAAUGACCUCCUUGGGUCAGAUGUUCUACUCAAAAAGUCAGAGAGUCCUCAACACCCCCGCCAAGUGGGCUUCAAAGAUGGCUGCUCUGAGUGAAAACAAUAAUAGAAUGUUCUUAAUAUUUGUUAGUCGCACGCCUGACUUUUUUUUGUCACACUAAAUCAGCGUUAUAUGUACAAUGUAUUGUUUGUAAAGACCAAAAUCGGGUAUAAGGGACAUCUUAUUUACAAAACCUGUUUCCAUAUGAGUUGGGAAAUUGUGUAAGAUGUAAAUAUAAACGGAAUACAAUGAUUUGCUAAUCCUUUUUAACCCAUAUUCAAUUGAAUGCACUACAAUGAUAUUUGAUGUUCAAACUCAAAAACGUUAUUGUUUUUUUGCAAAUAAUAAUUACCUUAGGAUUUCAUGGCUGCAACACGUGACAAAGUAGUUGGGAAAGGGCAUGUUCACCACUGUGUUACCUCACUAUUUCUUUUAACAACACUCAAUAAACGUUUGGGAACUUAGGACACUAGUUGUUGAAGCUUUGAAAGUGGAAUUCUUUCCCAUUCUUGUAUUAUGUAGAGCUUCAGUCGUUCAACAGUCCGUGGUCUCCGCGGUCAUAUUUUACGCUUCAUAAUGCGCCACACAUUUUCGAUGGGAGACAGGUCUGGACUGCAGGCGGGCCAGGAAAGUACCCGCACUCUUUUUUUUACGAAGCCACGCUGUUGUAACACGUGCUGAAUGUGGAUUGGCUUGGCUGAAAUAAGCAGGGGUGUUCAUGAAAAAGACAGCGCUUAGAUGGCAGGAUAUAUUGUUCCAAAAACUGUAUGUACCUUUCAGCAUUAAUGGUGCCUUCAAUGAUGUGUAAGUUACCCAUGCCUUGGGCACUAAUGCACCCCCAUACCAUCACAGAGGCUGGCUUUUCAACUUUGCGUUAAUAACAGUCUGGAUGGUUCGCUUCCUCUUUGGUCCGGAUGACACGAUGUCAAAUAUUUUAACUUGCACUUACAGAUGUAGCGACAAACUGUAUUUAGUGAAAGUGGUUUUCUGGAGUGUUCCUGAGCCCAUGUGGUGAUAUCCUUUAGAGAUUGAUGUCGGUUUUUGAUACAAUGUCGCCUGAGGGAUCGAAGGUCACGGUCAUUCAAUGUUGGUUUCCGGCUAUGCCGCUUAUGUGGAGUGAUUUCUCCAGAUUCUCUGACCCUUUUGAUGAUAUUAUGGACCGUAGACGUUGAAAUCCCUAAAUUUCUUGCAAUUGCACUUUGAGAAACAUUGUUCUUAAACUGUUUGACUAUUUGCUCACACAGUUGUGGACAAAGGGGUGUACCUCGCCCCAUCCUUUCUUGUGAAAGACAGCAUUUUUAGGGAAGCUGUUUUUAUACCUAAUCAUGGCACCGACAUGUUCCCAAUUAGCCUGCACACCUGUGGGAUGUUCCAAAUAAGUGUUUGAAGAGCAUUCCUCAACAUGUAUCAGUAUUUUUUGCCACCUUUCCCAACUUCUUUGUCACGUGUUGCUGGCAUCAAAUUCUAAAGUUAAUGAUUAUUUGCAACAAAAAAAAAAGUUUAUCAGUUUGAACAUCAAAUAUGUUGUCUUUGUAGCAUAUUUAACUGAAUAUGGGUUGAAAAUGAUUUGCAAAUCAUUGUAUUCCGUUUGUAUUUACAUCCAACACAAUUUCCCAACUCAUAUGGAAACGGAGUUUGUAGGAUGGACGAGUCGUCCGAGAUUCUUUUUUUCUAAGGCUGUCCAAAAUGAUGAGAGGUGACUAAAAUUUAAGUUUAACAAUUUACUCUACAAAACAGGCGUGAUGGAGAGAGAGAACCGAGCUAUAUAAAGGCACAGUCCCUCAAAUGGA